AUGGCGGCCACGACGACUGCCCCACCGGCUCUCUCUGUACGUCCGUGCAGCCGCCAGACGAGGUCAGCGGCGAGGGCGAGGCCUUCCCCCGUGACGGCACUUCGGAAAUACUGCGGUCUGAAAGCCACCUCGCCAUCCACGGCGAGCCGUGACUCAUUAGAAACUGCUUCUUUCCUGGGCGAGGAGGGCGGCGCCGCCCUUCGCCAAUCGAUCACCACCUCAUGGGCAUCGUCUCCCCUGAAUCAGGCUCCUGCGAGUUCGCUGCUCCGCCCACGCGCCUCCACCUUCAGGGUGGCCGUUCUUGGUGCCGGCGGCGGGAUCGGGCAACCUCUGUCCCUGCUGAUAAAGAUGUCGCCGCUGGUCUCCUCGCUGAAUCUCUACGACAUCGCGAACGUGAGGGGCAUCGCCGCCGAUCUCAGCCACUGCAACAGCCCCUGCAGGGUGGCAGGCUUCAGUGGCGCCGCCGAGCUGGCGCGCUGCCUGAGCGGCGCCGACGUGGUGAUCAUCCCCGCCGGCGUCCCCCGCAAGCCCGGCAUGACCCGCGACGACCUAUUCACCAUAAACGCCAGUAUCGUCAAGACCCUGGUGGAGGCCGUCGCAGACCUUGCCCCCACCGCGCUCAUCCACAUCAUCAGCAAUCCGGUCAACUCCACCGUCCCCAUCGCCGCCGAGGUGCUGAAGCAGAAGGGCGUCUACGACCCCAGGAAGCUCUUUGGCGUCACCACGCUGGACGUCGUGCGGGCCAACACCUUCCUGGCGCAGAAGAAGAACCUCCGGCUGGUGGAUGUCGACGUGCCGGUCAUCGGCGGCCACGCCGGCACCACCAUCCUGCCGCUGCUGUCCAAGGCUCGGCCGGCGACGGUCCUCACCGGCGACGAGGUGGAGGAGCUGACGGCAAGGAUACAGAACGGGGGGACGGAAGUGGUGGAGGCCAAGGCGGGCGCCGGCUCCGCCACCCUGUCGAUGGCCUACGCGGCGGCGAGGUUCCUGGAGUCGUCCCUGCGAGGCCUCGACGGCGACCAGGAGGUGUACGAGUGCGCGUACGUGCAGUCGGCUCUAACGGAGCUGCCGUUCUUCGCGUCGAGGGUGAAGCUCGGUAGGAAAGGGGUCGAGGCGGCGGUGCCCGCCGACCUCCAGGGGCUGAGCGGCUUCGAGGAGAGGGCCCUGGAGGCCCUCAAGCCCGAGCUUCGGGCCAGCAUCGACAAGGGCCUGGCUUUCGUCCGCAAGGAGGAGGUGCCCGUCUUGGUGGUGGCCUGA